AUGUCGACCAACAAGGACCAGACUUCCACUGCUCAGAGCUACCUCGACCAGGCCACCGGCGCCGUUCAGGGCGCUCUCGGGUCGCUGACCGGCAGCACCGCUGAUAAGGCUCAGGGCGAGAACCGCAAGACCGAAGCCGCCGUCGAAAAGGACCUCUCCCACGCCACCGCAAAGGCCGGCCCCUUCACAACCACCGCCUCGGGCGGCAUCGCAAAAGACCACCCGAACCGCAGCGCCGGCAGCUGGAACCAGAACGUCGGCGCGCUUAAGGAAAGCAUUGGCGGCUUUGUCGGCGCCGAAGGGCUCAAGCAGGAGGGUGUUCGUCAGAAUGAAGAAGGAAAGGAGCAGGAGGCGCAAGGCCAGCUGUCAGAUCUCGGUAAGGGCGUACAAGACCGCAUUGGAGGUACCAUCGGUGGAGCGGUUGCGGGGUUGACGGGGAAUGAGGCGCAGAGGGCUGAGGCUCAGAGGCAGCACGAUGAUGGGAAGGCGAGGCAGAGAGGGGUUGAGGCAGAUUUGCAGAAGCAGGUUCCUCAGUAG